CCGAAGCUGUGCCAGACGCACAUGGGAUCCGUGCUGCGUACCCGGGGAUCUUCAGCACCCGCAGCCGAGCGGAGGGCACCGUCAGCCCGGUCAGGAGGAGCGCUCAGCCUGCCUGGACUCUUCCGCUGACGCAAAACAAACGCACACACACACACACACACAGACACACACAGAGAGAACAAACACUACACAUUUCGGAGGUGAUAUUUUCCCUGCCUGAGACACAACGUGUUAUUUAUUUAUAUCGUAUGUGAGCCUGUCAGUCAGCCGCGGCGGACAAACUGCGUGUUAGCGCGGGGAGGUCGGACUUGUUUGGCAGGGGGAAAACACACUAAAACACACGCGAAAAGACUCCCGUUCUGUCGCCCCCCUUCUUUUAUUUCCUGUCAGUUUUUUUUUCUUGCGAUUUAUUUCCUGCUGCCAAACCAGGAACCCGGGACUGAGCCCUUACUCCGAGGAUGAAAGAAAACUAGAUUUGUGAUCGAGGCUUUGAGGUUGUUUUACUGGAUUUAUUUCGCUGUGGAGGAAAAGCGAUCCGGGAGCGGAGCGGUGCGCAACAAAAAAGAGCCGAGGUCUUCCUCCUCUCUUCUCUCCCUCCCUUCUAUCUCUCCAUCUAUCAAUCUGUCUACCCAUCCUCUUCUAUCUAUCUGUCUCUCCAUUUGUUUCCAUGUUUUUAGGUCCGUGCGAUUUUGCUAAAAUGCAUCAUCAACAGCGGAUGGCAGCUUUGGGAACAGACAAGGAACUGAGUGACUUACUGGAUUUCAGCGCGAUGCGAAACAGCGAUUUGAAAAUGUUCCCAACAUCCAUGAUGUUUUCCCCUCCUGUUAGCAGUGGAAAGAACGGGCCGACCUCCCUGGGGAGUGGACAUUUCUCCGGCUCAAAUAUGGAGGAGAGGUCGGGUUCAGCAUCAUGGGCAAGUGGAAGUCGUUCUUCCAAGAGUUACGCGGAUGGGUCUCAGUACAUGACGUCACAUGACAGCCUCUCACCUCCGUACGCCAACUCCAGGGUAUCAGGUAAAACAGAGAGGAGUUUGUACUCAUACGGCAGAGAGUCCAACCCACACUGCCAUCAGUCCAUACUGGGUGGCGAGUUGGGCUUGGGGAGUCCCGGCGCGGCGUCGCCCACUAAGCCUGCCGGUCAGUACUACCAGCACUACGGCUCCAACCCGCGGAGGAGAGCGCUGCAUAUGGACGCCAUGGAAAUUCAGACAAAAAAAGUGCGGAAGGUCCCUCCCGGCUUGCCGUCCUCGGUGUACGCUCCGUCUGCCAGCACAGCCGACUACAACAGGGACUCACCGGGUUAUCCCUCCUCCAAACCUCCCAGUGCUGGCUUCCCAAGCUCUUUCUUUAUGCCAGAUGGUCAUCACAGCGGCGACCCCUGGAGCAGCAGUAGUAGCACUAUGAGCCAGCAAGGUUACCACGGCAGCAUGCUGGGAGGCGGGAAUUCAGCCCACGGUCCUGCCCAGAGCUCCUCCUACUGCGGGAUUCACCCUCACGACAGACUGAGCUACCCGUCUCACUCGUCUGCAGAUAUCAACUCCAGCCUUCCUCCCAUGUCCAGCUUCCACAGAGGGGGAGGGGGCGGGGGCGGGGCCAAUCACUACAGCACCGCUUCUUGCACUGCCCCUACCAACGGAACAGACAGCAUCAUGGCUAACCGAGCACAGAGCGGAGCAGCCAGCAGCUCUCAGACAGGAGACGCCUUAGGGAAAGCACUCGCAUCGAUCUAUUCUCCUGAUCACACGAACAACAGCUUCUCUUCUAAUCCUUCCACCCCGGUCGGCUCCCCGCCCUCCCUCACAGCUGCCAGUUCAACCGUCUGGUCGAGGAAUGGAGGGCAGGGAGCGUCAUCGCCAAACUACGAGGCUCCACUGCACUCUCUGCAAAGUCGCAUCGAGGACCGUCUGGAGCGUUUGGACGAUGCCAUCCACGUACUGCGGAGCCACGCCGUGGGACCGUCGACGGGUAUGGGCAGCGGUCACGGCGACAUGCACAGCCUCAUCGGGGCUGCACACACGCACAAUGGCGCCAUGGGUGCUCUGGGCAGCGGAUACGGAACGGGGCUGCUAUCGGCUAACAGACACUCCCUCAUGGUGGGCUCUCACAGAGAAGACGGCGGCAGCGUGGGCGGUUUGCGUGGAGGACAUUCGAUGGGGGGUCAGGUGCCGGUGCCUCAGCUGCCGGUUCAGUCGGCCACCUCGCCGGACCUCAGCCAGCCCGACCCGUACCGCGCUUUGUCCGGAGGCCUUCAGGGCCAGAGCACCUCCUCCGUCAGCUCAGAGAUCAAGUCUGAGGACGAAGGAGACGAGAACCUCCUGCAGGACUCGAAGGACCCCAAGAAGGAGGACCCAGACAGCAAGGAGCUCAAAGCUAUUGAGAGCAACAAUGACGAUGAGGACCUGACUCCAGAGCAGAAGAUGGAGAGGGAGAGGGAGCGAAGGAUGGCCAACAACGCGCGGGAGCGUCUUCGCGUCCGCGACAUCAACGAGGCGUUCAAGGAGCUGGGCAGGAUGGUCCAGCUGCACCUGAAGAGCGACAAACCUCAGACAAAGUUACUGAUCCUGCACCAGGCCGUGGCCGUCAUCCUCAGUCUGGAACAGCAAGUCCGAGAGCGAAACCUGAACCCAAAGGCGGCCUGUCUAAAGCGCCGCGAGGAGGAGAAGGUCACCGUGACAUCAGACGGGACUCCCCUCUCACUGGCCGCAGCGCACCACUCCGCCGCCGCCAUGGGCGACGGGCCGAACCCCAUGGGACAAAUGUAAAACGCAGCAACAUCUCCUCCCCCCUGAAUGGUCCAAGGUGCCAGAGUUCAUCAAGAUGAUGAGUGACCACUUCCUCUGAAGGCAUUUCCAUGACAACCCGGCAAUCGAUCAAAACCGUCGUUGCUUCAGCCUGACCAAUCAGUUUCUCUGGAACCCCAACCUGACCAAUCAGAUCAGCCUUUUUCUCUCCUCUCGUCUGUCGUCUCUGAUCCUCCUCUCUGUCAUCGUCUCCUUCUUCUGUCAAGAACACAAACUGCGGCGUCGCGUUAGUCGCUUUCGUCACUUUGCAUCUCCAGCUGAAGCGAACUGGAUGCUUCUUCGCGGAGACCCGAGAAACGGCCGCUGUAACAUGGCUGCUAUGAAGCGGCAGCUUUUGACACAAAGUGACAGCAAUGGACGAGUCUUUGGAAUCACAUCACCUGAGAAACUUCUUCUUGUGCUACAUGUUUUAUCAGCAUUCCCAGUUUUAAAGAACAAAAGGGUUCUAUAUAAAUAUAUAUAGUAUAUAUAUAUAAUUAUAUAUAUAUAUAUAUGAGAAAAGGAAAAUUAACAAAACAUUUAUACUGCGCGCGGGCAGUGAGGAGGGAAGGGGUUGGGGAGGGAUGUUCAGAAUGACACAAAACAUAUCACAAAGUGUUUAAAGAGAUUUUUUUUUUAAACAAAAGCAACAUUGCGCAGCUGUGGCUGAAUGCAGCUCCAGCGCAUCUCUGACUGAAUGGCAAUCUAACGCCACACUGUGGAUGAAGCUGUGCCUGAUCUCCUCUUGGAUGCAAACCAGUCAGAUAGAUACACACGGAGAAGCAGAGGAAACAAAACUAAGAAAUGAACACAGGCUGCACACUCAGACACAAACCUUAAGCAAAUUUCCAACUACAAAUUAAAAUGAAGGAAAGAUUAGGAAAGCCAAAUGUGUUGCAAUCCUACAGCUUUUCAGAGGUGCUUGAAUUGCUGACUGAUCUGAAUGAAAACUUUGCAAAUGCUUGACUAUCAUAGGUGUCCAGAAAGAAGCAGGGCCAACCAAGAAGUCGUGACUUCUUCUUCCCUUUCUAAUGCAUUCCCUUACAAAGUGCAAACAUUUGCAUUGUCAGUGUAAAACAGACCUGAACAUUAGAGCUCCUUGCUGGUACCCACAUUGAAGUUUUGGAGACUGCAAACUUGUGUGAAGUUGUUGUGUGAACAUAAAUCCAAAAGCCAGGAUAUUUGUUCCCAUAUGGGCCGUGUGUAUCUACUGGGAGGAAGAGAAUCAAUCACUCAAUCAAUCAGUGAGUGACUCCAGAGGGACUGGGGAAUAUUGAUGAAUUACAAUAGAUAGGCAGAAAGGAGAAUGAUGCAGAAAAGUUACUUUUAAAUGCGGCAGGAAGGAAAGGCUUUGUUGACAUCCUUGUUUUUAGAUUGUUGUUGUGAGUUCAAAUUAGAGAAAGAGCUGCAGAGCAAACAUUCUGAAUCAGUCAGAUAUCUAAUGGUGAAGUUUGAGUAUCCGGGCUGUCACUGAAAUGGAAGGAUUGCUGAGCAGAUGGUUGCGGGGACAGACAGAUGACAGGAAAGAUUUUUCAAUUGAGGAAGUGGGUUAGAGCCGGCCUGAUCACUGGAGUGAGUUCUAUUCCAUGUUUAGCACAUUCCCUGAAGGCCUGAACGCUGAGAGUUGGUGUAAAGGGGAGCAAAAGCUAGAGAGCAAAGGGAAAGCAGAGAAUCCAAUGGUCUCAAUGACUGAUGACGCUGCAGGGGAAGCAAGGGAACAAUCAUCCGGGCGAGGGGGUGUAUAAUUCUUUUCUAGGGUGCAAGCAGCAGCAGUCAAAGCAUUCCUGUGUUGGGUUCAUUUGAUUCCCUCAUUUCCUGGUUGAUCAUAACCCUAAACAUCUAACCCGCCUUCCAGCCUCAGAGAGCUUGGGUAGGGGGGACUUUCCACUUGCUGACAGGGAAUGACUCUGUGGCCUUUCAUCCACAAGCAAAAGUAGUUUUCCACACCUCUUGGUGAAGAACUCCAAGGGUGAAGACAUUUAGAAACUGCUUGCAGUGAUGGACAGCGAAAUCAGAAGUUUUGACUUGUUACAUUAAUGCUUCCAAUUGGCAAACAUGGUUUAGGGUUAGCCUGUUGGUUUGGCAUGCUCUUAACAGUCCUUCAGUUGUGGAUGAUCGUGUGGAUGGGGUUGGGGGCAUUGUUUUGACAAUGAAAAAUUGAGCUGGUUUGCCAGUUUUUGUUUUGUUUUUUUUGAAAAACCUUUAUUUUACCAGAUAAAAUGUUUGAGAACCAGUUCUCAUUUACAAACAUGACCUGGCCCAGAGGCCCCAAUAGAAUCAGGUCCACCAGACCUGGUGUUGCAUGGAUGACUGCCAGCAUUUUGAACAGCCUUUGGGUUUUUAGGGCAGCACACUGCCUAAAUGCCACCAGAACUGGAUCAGGAGUCCUGUUAGAGACAGUGAGCAGCCUGAUUCCUCACCCGGACCGGGGAACACCGAAGCAGCAGGUCGUGUUCCAGCAUAGCGGCUCAAUUGCAGCACAGUUGGUGCUUCUGAACCAGACGAGCAAAUGUGAGGAGACUGCCUGCUUUGUCUUUAGCAUUAGCUGCACUUAAACAGCUCUGAAUCUAGUGUUGGACUCAGACUCAAAGCAUCCCGUAACCGGACAUGCCUGAUAAAUCCAUGCUAGCCCUAACAUAGAUUCCGUUUAGGAAAGUUAAUUGAAAUAUGUGAAAUUAUAUCAGUUAUAACCAGAAUAGUUGUUUCUACAUAUGGGUUGUCCAAUUGGCAAGCCUGACCAAUAAUGUGUUACUUCAGUGUUUCAAAGUGUGUUCAGUACCUGCCAGGUUUCAUGAUUUGGCAUGUGACAAGUCCUGACAGCAUGUCAAAGGUCGUGACCACUCAAGUAAGAAUGGGAGUUAGUAGAUCAAUCGAGGGUAGUCGUAAUAUCUGCAGGAACUGCGGUGUCCGUCUGGAAGUCCCCCUUCACCAAGGAUCGAACCGCGGUUUGAACCCCUCUCAGUUCGAGCCUCUGUUUAAUCCCCAGUCCCAGUGCGCUGCUGACCCUAGCCUUAUGAGCCCUGAACCAGAGCCCAUAGCCCCUCUUGCCAGCCUCUUACCCCACUUAAGCGGUCCCACAGAUGCAAUUUGAACAUUCACACUUCUACCAAUGUGCCUUUUUAGAGUUCAUAUCAUUCGAGUUGCCAGAGGAGGACAUUUACCUGGUCUUUUAAUAGGAUGCAAGCUUAGGGAAACCUGUUCUUAGUCGUUAGGUUCUAUGCAGUCAGGUUUUUUACCAGACCUGGGAAUUUAAAAAAAGCUAAAAAGGAAAAAAAAAGUAUUUUUUGGAUAAAAAAAAACAAACAAACUAAACUGUAUUUAAUGUACUGUACGCUUAUAUGUAAGUAGACAGCGUGUUCUGGCUUCCAGCCAAUGGGACAGUUGCUUGAUUUAGCAAGACUAGCCCCCGUCCCAGUCCUCCCCAUCCCCCAAAGUCCUCCAUAACUCCUGCCCCACUUUCCUGUUCCGAUCCCCAGCCCUGUUUCCACGGUGAACAACGCGUCUCUUCUUGUAUUAUAGCUUAUCAGCUUUUUAUCAAUAUUUGAUCGGCUUGUCUAUAAGCCAAUGUAGUCUUCAGUACAAAGUGUGUGGUUGUAUGUUGUAAAACUAAUUUUCUUUUUUUGUUCCCCCUCCCUCUCUCGUUCUCUCUCUCUCUCGCUCUCUUUUAUAAGAAGAAUCUUUUCUCUUAUUACUUUUUUUGUCUGUUCUGGUUUACAUGUCUAUUACAGAAAAUGUAAAAAAAAAACAAACAAACAAAAAAGACAAACACACAAAAAAAUAGACACAAUUCGCUAUCCGGCAGCAUUGUUAACUGUCGGCGGUCAUUUUGACACCGUUCAAAUUCUACCCAAUCAACAGGAAGGCACGGAAACUGGAAAAGAAUCUAUUUGAAUAAAUCAAUCUAUAUAUAAAUGUACAAAAAAUAUAUACAUUAUAUAACGAGGGUGCCGUUUUCUGUUAUUUUUUUAAUUUUCCGUUACAAAAGGAGUGUUUGCUUGGCGAGGAGUUCGUUUCUCAAAGACUGAAGCGGCGGGAGUUGGCGAGGCCCCUCAGUGUUAUAAAUUUUCAACUGACUUCGUUAUAUUCUCCGUUGUUGCCGCCCUCUUGACUCGUACGGCACCGGCGCAGGACAAAAUGGGACCGGAGUUCCAUCAGCUCCAUUCACUGCUAUCUAUCCAAGGCGACAACAACACACAGACAUUUGUAAAUUGUAUGCAACAAAAUGGCAAACUUUACCAUUAUUUUGAAAUUGUGUAUGUAAAAGUUAUAUUUUUACAUGUAGACUGUUGUUAUUUUGUGUUUUAGAAAUAUGUUGUAUUGGUUUUUUUCUUUUGUUAAAAGAUGAAAAAGUAAAAUUCAGUGUGUGUUGAAAAAAAAUGUGUCACAUUGAAAAUGUAGUGAGGUCAAAAGUUCAGAAAUCUGUUUUUUUUUAUUAUUAUUAUUUUUCAAUAUUAUGUUUAUAUCUGUGGGGGGAGGGGGGGCAUUUUUGAGGGUUAGAGGGAGGAAUCAGAAAUCAUGAAAGGUAAAUGACAUUAAUUCGCCAUGCCUCAUGACAUUACCAUUUUUAGUUGUAUUUUUUCGCAAAGAUAUGUGUAAAUAGCCAUCAGCCAUUUUCUGUGGGGUGAAGAUUUGCCAGUGAGACACGAUGAUCAUGAUGAUGAACUUGUUUUUUGAUUUCUUUUUUUAGUGCGGUCGUAUUCGUCCGGUUACAGUAGCCAGGUGCCAAGUUUUAGUUUCGAUCAGUGGUGCUCAGUACUGUUUGUGGUUUUGGCUGGCAACAUCUGAAGUGUAAGUCAAAUUGUCGUCUCCGCUCGCACCAAGCAUCACUUGUAUCAGAGCCAAUGUUAGCCAUUUUUUAUUUAGAUUUUUAGAAAAGAAAAAAAUGUAUUCAAAUUUUUUGCAAUAACAAAAAAUUGAAAAUUUGAAGCGUAAGUGAUGAAAAACUCUUGACUGAGGUACCCAAAGAGUGUUCACAGAUGCAAUUGAUUUUGGCGCCCCCUGGAGGUUGUGAGCCAGCUCUGACUCCUUUGUGUUUAUUUUUCUUAAGAUGGGAUGUAAAUGUUCAUUACAAUGAAACACCUUCAGCACCUGAUUCAAGAUUAACGGGAACAUUUUUUUUGGACAUUGGAGCUUUGCCCUAGUUACACAGCCCCCCACCCCCACCCCCACCCCCAGCAACCACAGGCCGUUUCUUUAUGUGCAUUCCCCAACUGGUUGCGAAUAGUUGCUCAAGGCUGCUAGCUUAAUUUGGUUGCAAAGAGUUUUAUGGUGUUGUACUGAAAACGUUCUUGUAAGUGCUUUGGCCGCUAGCAGAUUGCCAUAGUAGUUGCAGUUUGUGUAAAAGAUGCAAAUUUGUUUGCAAACGGCCGCCAAAUGCUUGCUGAACGGUCAUGGAACUGUGAAAGGUGAGAUGCAAAGUGCACAGAUGCACAGCUGUUACUUUGAAGGCAAACAGUGUUGCACUUUUUCAAGUUUCACUGCCGCUCGGCAAGUGUUUGCAGACAACUCGACAUCCUCCACGCAAAGUACGGGUGACUAUGGCGAUCUAGGGACCAAAGCAGAGACGAGGAGGUCACCGAGGGGCAGCCAGCAACCACUCGCCAACCGAUCGGGGAAUACGCAUCUUUCCCAAUUGACCAGAGAUUGUCAGGAGGUUGCCAACCUGUCUCUCGGCCUGUGUGUGACUGAGGACUAAUAAAAAGAAGCAGGUCAUCAGCAAAUAAUCGUAUCAGCUAUUUCCCCAAAAAGAACUCCGAUGUUUCAGUCAUUUGUUUUUAGUGUUUGCCAUUGAAAUUGAGCUUUUAGUCAACAGGAAAAGCUGCUUGGAAUCGGACCUAGGUUAAACACUAGGAUUGAAUUUGUCAGUGCAAGUGCUAAAUGUAUUUUUUAAGUAACGUUAUUUUUGCGAUGCUUCAUUUCAUAUUUUCUCUUUGUUGUAUAAUCGAGUCAUCUCCAGAAUUACAGUACCUUCAUUUUUUUGUUACCCCUGGUGUUUUUAUUAGCCAAAAUGUUAACUUUUUCGUUUCUUUUUCCUCCUUGUUGUACAUACACACCUCAUUUCUCUUUUUCAGUGACUGUGCCAUGAGCUUUGUAAUCUGUUACUCUGUACCAGUUUUACUGCAAUAAUGAGUUGAAUUCAAA